CUGACUGCUCAUCCCAUCCUUUUGUUUCUCUCCCAUCUCGCUCAUCGACCCAGAGCUGUUGUCUCGUGCUGGCUCUCAUCCCCCCCACCGUUCGAUUUUCUCUCAAGAUUUCUUUUCCUACAACUUGUUUUCCAUUAUGGUGAAGACGGGUAUCGCGUAACUUAAUAGAGACGUGUUCACUUUCACUCCAGCAAGACCGUUAACCCCGCAUCAGGCUCAUCGAGCUCCUCAGCAGCCAUUUGUCACACUCAUCUCACCGAGACAUCUCUCACCCGGCCCGCUAUCCCGCCAUUCACAUUCUCGGCCUCCUUUUAUCUCUCUUAUUUUUUUUAUCCCACGCUUCAUCCCCCCCCCCUAUUCGUGACCAUCUGCUCUCAUCCUCACACGCCCAUUAUUCUCCGACCCGCGACAACGGCGAUCAUGCUCAAUCACCCGAUCCCCAAGGAGUGCGAGGUCAUCCAGCCCGCCUCGCCGCGCGGCCAGACGCAGACGCCGCUCUUCCUCAUUCACGACGGCGGCGGCACCACCUUCGCCUAUCACUGCCUCUCGCCCCUCGACCGCGCCGUCUUCGGCAUCGCGAACCCGCGCUUCCACUCGGGCGUGCCCUGGGAUGGCGGCUUGCCCGAGAUGGCCGCCGCCUACAUCCAGAUGAUUCGGAACACCGUGACCAAGAGCCCAGAGUACCCCGCGCUGGCGCCUUUUUCGCCGUCGCCGUCAUCAACGUCGCCGCUGCCGGUGGCCGGGCGCGGCGGGAAGACGACGACGACGACGACGACGACCAGGAGGAGACGGAGGAUUCUGCUGGGCGGGUGGAGCCUCGGCGGCCUGCUCUCGUUGGAGAUUGCGCGGCAGCUCGGGGACGAGGACGAGGAUCUCGAGAUCGUCGGGCUCGUCGCCGUCGACAGCGUCUACCCCGUCUGGCCCGAGGGCUCGCGGGUCAAGGUCGGGAGGUUCAUCGACGAGCUUGAGCCCGAGGCUAAGAACCUGAAGCUGGCGCGGCGGGCGAUGAAGUUGGCCGGCGGGAUGGUGCGGGCGUGGAAGAUGCCGCGGUGCGGUGCCGCCGUUUCCGCGGCCAUCGGCAGCGUCGCUGACCCCGAGGCGGCGGCGGCCGUAGCCGCUGGUGACGAGGCAACGGAGAAAGACUUUUACUCGAGCAAGGCCGACAAGGAGACGGCCGAGGUCGUGUGGGAGAGGCCGCCGCGUGCCGUGCUGGUCAAGGCCAAGGAGCAUGUGCCUUUGUCCGCGGACGGCAUCAGCUCGGUGGACGUGUGGCGCGGGGACAGGAAGCUGGGGUGGGAUGGGUAUUGUCCCGGCUUCGUUGUGACGGUCCUGGAGACGGAGGGGAACCACUUCGACAUGUUCUCGUGGGGUUACAUUGAAGGAAUCACGGAAAAGAUUGCCGAGGCGUGUCGGAUCCUGGAGAGGCGCUGGUGAGGUGUGACGGAGAUGUGAGAGAGACGCGGUCGUGGCGGAUGGGAGAAGAUGAGCAUUUUACGCGGGUGACCACUUGAGCGUGGAUACACGGGAUCUUAGACCAAAGAAGAUACACCAUAGAUAGGACGUAAACACAGUGUUUGUUUGACUUUACCAACAACCAA